UCUGACCCCAGCGCAUGGGUUUCUCUUUCCGGGACAAGAUGGCGCCGUCCACGCCACUACUGACAGUCCGAGGAUCAGAAGGACUUUACAUGGUAAAUGGACCACCACAUUUUACAGAAAGCACAUUGUUUCCAAGAGAAUCUGGGAAAAAUUGCAAAGUCUAUACCUUUAGUAAGGAUGGCACCUUGUUUGCCUGGGGCAACGGAGAAAAGUUAAAUAAAUAUUAUCAAUGUCACUAACAAGGGACUACGGCACUCCUUCGACCUCCCAAAGGCAGUUUGCCUUGAGUUCUCGCCAAAAAACACUGUCCUGGCAACAUGGCAGCCUUACACUACUUCUAAAGAUGGCACAGCUGGGGUACCCAACCUACAACUUUACGAUGUGAAAACUGGUACAUGUUUGAAGUCUUUCAUUCAGAAAAAAAUGCAAAAUUGGUGUCCAUCAUGGUCAGAAGAUGAAACUAUCUGUGCCCGAAAUGUUAACAAUGAAGUUCACUUCUUUGAAAACAACAAUUUUAACACAAUUGCAAACAAAUUGCAUUUGCAAAAAAUUAAUGAUUUUGUGUUAUCACCUGGACCCCAACCAUACAAGGUGGCUGUCUAUGUUCCAGGAAGUAAGGGUGCACCUUCAUUUGUUAGAUUAUAUCAGUACCCCAAUUUUGAUGGACCUCAUGCAGCCUUAGCUAAUAAAAGUUUCUUUAAAGCUGAUAAAGUUACAAUGCUAUGGAAUAAAAAAGCUACUGCUGUGUUAGUAAUAGCUAGUACAGACGUUGACAAGACAGGGGCGUCCUACUACGGGGAACAAACGCUGCACUACAUUGCAGUGAACGGAGAAAGCGCUGUCGUGCAGCUACCAAAAAAUGGCCCCAUUUAUGAUGUCGUUUGGAAUUCUAGUUCUACUGAGUUUUGUGCUGUUUAUGGUUUUAUGCCUGCCAAAGCGACAAUUUUCAACUUGAAAUGUGAUCCUGUUUUUGACUUCGGAACUGGUCCUCGUAAUGCAGCCUACUAUAGCCCGCAUGGACAUAUAUUAGUACUAGCUGGGUUUGGAAAUCUGAGGGGACAAAUGGAAGUGUGGGAUGUUAAAAACUACAAACUUAUUUCUAAACCAGUGGCCUCUGAUUCUACAUAUUUUGCUUGGUGCCCUGAUGGUGAGCAUAUUUUAACAGCCACAUGUGCUCCCAGGUUACGUGUCAAUAAUGGGUACAAGAUUUGGCAUUAUACUGGCUCUGUCUUGCACAAGCAUGAUGUGCCAUCAAAUGCAGAAUUAUGGCAGGUUUCUUGGCAGCCAUUUUUAGAUGGAAUAUUUCCAGCAAAAACGAUAACUUACCAAGCAGUUCCAAGUGACGUACCCGGUGAAGAACCUAAAGUUGCAACAGCUUAUAGACCUCCAGCUUUAAGAAAUAAACCAAUCACCAAUUCCAAACUACAUGAGGAGGAACCACCUCAGAAUAUGAAACCACAAGCAGGAAAUGAUAAGCCAUUAUCAAAAACAGCCCUGAAAAAUCAAAGGAAGCAUGAGGCUAAGAAAGCUGCAAAACAGGAAGCAAGGAAUGAAAAGAGUCCCGAUUUGGCACCUACUCCUACCCCACAGAGCACACCACGAAAUACUAUCUCGCAGUCAACCUCUGGAGACCCUGAAGUAGACAAAAAAAUCAAGAACCUAAAGAAAAAACUGAAAGCAAUCGAACAACUGAAAGAACAAGCCGCAGCUGGAAAACAGCUAGAAAAAAAUCAGUUGGAGAAGAUUCAGAAAGAGAAAGCCCUUCUCCAGGAGCUGGAAGAUUUGGAAUUGGGUAUUUAAACAUUCACAGAAAGCCAAUUGUUACCAGAAAUCAGUGCAAACACAUUUUCUGAUAAACCCAUUGGUGUACAUGAAAUACCCAUGUACCCACAUUUAAUGUUCAUCUAUAAUUUUAACCAUUUAUCCAAGAUUCUGCAUAUGUAUAAAAUUAUUUAAUAAUGUCUAUUAAAUUGAUUUUUACAUCCUGCAUCCUAUGCCAUGUCAACACAUGAUGUAGAAAAGAAAUACAUGAAUUUCUUUAGUAAGCCUGACAGAUUGAAAGACGAUGUCAUUGCUUUUUUUAGUAGAGGAUAGUAUUUACCAUAUAUGUGAAUAAAAACAAUUUAAAUUUAA